UGUUCGAAUGGCAGAUGUUGCUGGAAAUGUACUGCUGGUAACAAUAGAGGGCGACGAUGCACACCUUGUCAGCAUCGAUGAUGUACACUUGGUUGCGGUUUGUCACGUUUUGGAAAGCUUUUGUUUGACGUAUAUGUAAAUGGAUCAGUAGGCUCAUUUCAAGGCAAUAUCUUCGAUGGCAGCUUAAUUCAUUGGGAGAAAGAGUGCAUGUGUGUUUGUCUCCUUUCUCCUUUCCUUAACACUGGCUCUUUCUUCCCUACUCUUCCUCCUCAACUUCCUAUACCUACCAUUCUAAUGCUUUUUUCAGCUUUUGGAUAUGUGCAAAAGAUUAUAACCUUUGAGAAAGCCGGAUUCCAGGCACUGGUACAAUUUUCAGAUACAGAGGCAGCCUCUUCUGCGAAGAAUACCCGUGAUGGAAGAGGAAUUCCUAGUUAUCUUCUUCCUGAUGAUGUGGGACCAUGUACUACUAGGAUCACAUAUUCUGCACACACAGAUUUGAGCGUGAAAUUCCAGAGCCACCAGAGCAGGGACUACACUGAUUGUUUCCUUCCUAUUGCUCCAUCAGCCAUUGACAGAAGUGGUCAGUCAACGGUGGUGUUGGAUGGGAAAAAAUUAGAACCAGAGAGCAAUGUUCUUCUUGCAUCUAUUGAUAACAUGCAGAAUGCUGGCACCUUGGACGUUUUACACAUGGAUGCUCUCGCUAGCGCAAAAGUUUCACCACCAAUCGGUGCAAGAAUACAAGUGUCAACUUCUGAAAUGAAGGACUCCUUUAUUCAAGAAUAUCUUAAUGUUCUAAAUACAGCAAACAAGGAGAGCUUGAAAAGACUAAAGGGAAUUGGAGAGAAGAGGGCUACCUAUAUUCUUGAACUUCGUGACGAAAUACCCGAACCAUUUAAGAGUCUUGAUGAUCUGAAAGAAAUUGGACUUUCAGAAAAGCAGAUACAGGGAUUAAUGAAAAGGUGGGUGCAGAGCUUAUUUGAUAGAUAAUAUGUAGUUUAAUUUCUGAUAUGUAAAUAUUUUGUAGUCCGCCUAUGGCUAGGAUACUGGGACCAACUUGAGUAUAUAGAACACUGGCAUGAAAACAAGGUUUUUGUGCAUGGAUACUGUGUAUGUUACUAGAACUUCUGUUGAUGGAUUAUAUGUGUCACAAGA